AGGUUGACGAUGAGUGAAAUGUGUUCACGGACCACAGCUUUGAAUGUUAACAUCCUACCUACAGUCACCAAAAUGUGCCAUUGUUUGUUUCUAAUUAAAUGUGUCCCCGAGUAAUUAAGUUAGCAUGUUUGAUAACUGUUCCAGCUUAGGCCCACAGGGUUAUCUUUUUUUAACAGAUUAAUGCAGAGCAAAGCGAAGUAUUUUUACAAGGAUUAUAAUAUCAAAGCCAUUUCCGUAAGAAAGCAUAAUUUAAACAAAUAUAGCUUUAUAAUUCAUGAAUGAGGAGAACAGUAUGGUGUUACAGUAUGUAUUUAUAGUGGAGGUGACCCGUGUCUGCUUAGCAUUGUAAAUCCGCUUAUUUCCCCCCUGUUUUCGGCUGCAUCAACUAUGUUUCGCCUUAGUGCAUCUUAGAUUUGCUUCAGUUUUGCAAAAUUGGCGAAGAUUCUGUGGAAAAUGAACCCCGAAGUUGCCGAAAGACACGCCCACUUCUCUGCGGAAGAAUCAAGGUCAUUCACGAAUGUCCCAUCAGCUGUGCGUAAUUGUCCGCACCAGCCAAUGGGCGCACAGUACGCCGAUCUCCAUCUCCCGCAGCCGUGAUAAGGAAAACCUGUGGAGCCACCGCAAGGAAUGAACAUUUCAGUUGAGAGGUGGUUGUGAACACAGGGGUCUGAGGGAGGAGGCCAAAGAGAGAUGACAAUGUUAUCGUUUAGGAAACCGAUGCCUUCUUAACAUGUUUCUGUCGUCUUAGAUUUUUCUUUUCUUUUUUCUUUAGAUUACAUCAGAUGGGUAGCUUUCAAUCGAGCUAUUUCUAACUUUUUGAAAAUUAUUUAUAUAAUUUGAGAGUUACUUGUAAGAAAGAUUUUACACUCCCACGAAGAUGUCUGACAGAUCGCAGACCCCGGAGAUCCAAAGUCGACCUUACGACUUCAGUCGGGCUGGCACUUGCAACAAUCAGGUUUUGGGUCAGGAAAGCAUGGGCAACUCUUCGUGCUUCCAGUUUCCUCACCCGGUUUUGCACGACCCGAGUCUGCUUUACAGCAAGCCAGCCUACGGAGGGAUCACACCCGCGCCAACCCAAACGUUUCUCCCGUUUCCACACGUCGCCGGUGACUACAGAGGAUCCGAUCUGCAGGCUGGGGACUUCGGGCAACCAAAGCAUUGGUAUCCCUUCGCUGCACCCGAGUACACUGGCCAGGUACCCGGCGUGAUUGCGGCCACCCAGCCAACAAACGGGAGCCCCCAGAUAGCCGAGACUCGGGAGCAAAUCAGAUUGCCCGAGAUCAAGACUGAGAAGGACACUGGAAAUGAUUAUCCGACCGAAAUGAAGGUUCAACAGUAUCCGAUUCCUGCACCUUCCACAAGCAUGACCCAUGGAGUCUUCUGCCCACCGACUUGGAACCCCUCCUUCUGGCCCGGGGUCACUCACAUCACCCAACCAGGAAGCAAUAACCAAAACCCCUCAGCGUCGUCGACAUCGUCCCCGUCAACGUCCCCUUCACCUCCAAGCAAUGGGACCCAGGGAAACGCGUUUUUCAGCGCAAACGCGAACCAGGCUCCGUCAGAGCCCCAGGCACAGAACACGGCUCCCAACACGCGGAGCAGCGGAUCCUCAAGUGGGGGUUGCAGCGACUCUGAAGAGGAGAACCUCACCACUGAAGAACUGGAGCAAUUUGCCAAAGAGUUGAAACACAAACGGAUUACUUUGGGGUUCACUCAGGCAGAUGUUGGCCUAGCUCUUGGUAACCUUUACGGCAAAAUGUUCAGCCAGACAACCAUUUGCCGCUUUGAGGCUCUGCAGCUGAGCUUCAAGAACAUGUGCAAGCUGAAGCCCCUUCUGCAGAGAUGGCUGGAUGAGGCAGAAACUUCGGAAAAUCCUCAGGAGAUGUACAAGAUUGAGCGAGUGUUUGUCGACACCAGAAAGAGAAAGCGGAGGACCAGUCUGGAGGGAGCGGUCCGGUCUGCGUUGGAGGCCUACUUCAUCAAAUGUCCCAAGCCCAACACUCAAGAAAUAACCCAAAUCUCAGAUGAUCUGGGCCUGGAAAGAGAUGUGGUGCGCGUUUGGUUCUGCAAUCGAAGACAGAAGGGGAAGCGUCUGGCCCUGCCGCUGGACGAGGAGUGUGAAGGCCAGUACUAUGAGCAGAACCCUUCACCGUUGAACAUGGCCCCUAACCCCGUCCAAGGCCAAGCCUACCCAUCCUCCAGCUACACUGGAGCACCUCCUCCAACCCUCUACAUGCCCCCGCUUCACCGACCGGAUGUUCUGAAACAUGCUCUGCACCCUGGAUUGGUUGGUCACCUGACUGGUUAAACUGGUGGGUAGUCUCCCUACCAGACUACAGCUUUUCUUCAAGCAUCCAUCUACACCCAACCUGAGCUGAAAAUGGGAUCUGAUUCCAUAUCGACUUGAUGUGAAACAAGACAAAUAUCAAGUGGGAGAGGGCUGUUUCUUUUUGACCAUUAAAAAAAAA